CUGCACAGUCGUUCAGUCGGUCGCCGGAUGUCAGCCUCAGCUGCCAACUUCAUUCAGUUCCUUUCUGGCUCCCGUCGAACGUUGUCGUCUCGUUCGGUUGAAACGGAUCGAAUCGAAGCGAAGCCAGGCCAAAAAAUCUCAAAGCCACGGCUCAUGUGAAACCAACCAGAGUUUUAUCACAAGUCGCGAAAUCCAACGUAAUUUUUUCGAAAAUUUCUAACUCAACAAAAGUAGUGACAAAACGCAAAUCUACAAGUGACAAAAGAAACAAACAAGAAUUGCAAAACUUAUGUUUAAGUGACAAGUGACAAGAUACAAGAAAGCGUAAAAAAACGUAAACAAACCGCAUAGAGCACACAUUUUUUGGAUUAAGUGCCCCAAAGUUCCUGUUAGCGGCGCAACAUCUUGGAUUACUACUAAACAACAACAACAGUAUUAUCGCUUAAAACUAGCACAAAAUCUUCAAAUUUCAACAACAACAUCAAAAAUAUAUAAAAAAUAUUUUUAAAACUACAACACUUUUGCUAGGCAACCAAAAAACAACAGCAACAAAAAGUAAAUAAAUAAAUACAAAAAGAAACUUGUGCAACAUCCCAACAACAAAUGUGAAAGCGUAACAAACAAACAAAAAACGCAACGAAGAAAAAAUAGAGAAAGAAACAAAUCAGCAUAAAAGUGAAAAGUAAGAGAAAGAGUGUGUUUUGAAAAUGCUGCAGUGAACCUUAAUAAAAAUUAACAACAACAACAACAAAAAAAAAAACAGCAACAAUUAAAAUCUACUGCAAAAAACAACACAAGUGUUGUUGUCCCAUGUAUUUGUUGAUGCCAUGCAAUUGAUUGUUGACAAAAUUCCCAUGUAUUCCAAACAAACAACGAAGCGCAAUUCCAAAAAGUAAGUUUCCAAAGAAAUAAACAAAAAUUAAAGAACCCCUAAAUUCUAUAAAUUAACAAAACAAAACAAAGAACUAGUGAAAAGUGCGAGCAAACCGAAAAGGAAAAACUCUUUAGUGAUAAACUGAUAACAGCAACAACUUUAGCGGGAAAGAGAUAGCACAUAGCAGCUGCUGCUUCUUCUUCUGCAACGUGCACCUGUCCCCACCUUAAAUAACAACAAGAGCAACAACAACAGCACCAACAACAACUUCAACAACCAACAACAACAAUUAAUACACCACGCGCUGUUGCCAUAAAACCCAAAAGAAAAAGAAAACUUAGGAAAAAUGAUGAAAUGAACCAGCAGGCGGGCUCCUCAAGGGCGCCAGCCACAGGGGGCCAAAUCUCACCGCCAGGUGCCAGCACAGCCGGCGUGGAUCCACAGCAGCAGCAGCAGCAACAGUUGCAGCAACAGCAGCAGCAGCAGUACUACAACCAGCAGCAGCAACACCAGUACCAGCAGCAACAGCAGCGUGACAAUUUCCUGGCCUACCAACAGCAGCAGCAGCAACAGCAGCAGAGAACAGGAGGCAGUGGGGCAAACUUUAUGCUGGGCAAUGACCUUGUCGGCGGCGACAGCCUGCGCAGCCUGAACAACACCUUUGGACCCAAUUCGGAGUUCACAGCCGGCAGCUCUAACUCGACCACAUCACUGGGCGGCCUUAGCGGCGGCAGUUCCAACGGUCAGGGAUAUCCGGGAAUGGUGGCUGCCAGUCAGCAGCAUCACCAGCAGCAGCAGCAACACCACCAACAGCAACAGCACCACCAGCAGCAGUCACACAUGUCCAGCAUGGAUGCCAUGGGUGGUUACAGUCAGAUGGGCGGCGGCAUGCAUCCUGGCCCUAAUAGCGGCAUGAUGGGCAACAUGAAUGCCCAGUACAUGAACGGCGGUUCCGGCCAAGGUGGCUAUAAUGGCCAAGGCAUGGGCAUGGGCUACGGCGGUGGAGGCAACAUCGGACCCCAGAGGCAUCAUCAAAUGACGCCCAUGAAUCAGAUGCAAAACAUGUCAAUGGGCCCCGGUGUGGGUGGCUCCAAUGGCAUGGGCAUGAAUCCCAUGCAACAGCAGGCAGCGCAGCAGCAGAUGGGCGGCAUGAAUCCAAUGGCCAAGAUGCAGGGCAUGGCCAACGGUGGCUACCCACAGCAGGCGCCUCCUUCGCUCACAGCCCAGCAGCAACAGCAACAGCAGCAGCAACAGCAGCAGCGUCGCAUGGCUCCGUAUCCGCAUCCGCAGAUGCACAUGGCCCAGAAGCGGGCAGCGGCGGCGGCGGGCGGAGCAGGCGGCGUGGGCGUUGGCGGCAUGUAUCCCGGCAAUCCCAUGCAGCAGCAACAGCAGGCGCAGAUGUACGGCAACCAGCAGAUGCAUCCCGGCGCAGGCGGAGGAGUUCCCCUGCCCAUGCAGGCGGGUGGAGCUGGCAACGGCUAUGGCGGACGUGGCGGACCCAUGGGCGCCGGCAACGGUGGCUAUGGUCGCAUGUCGGCCGGCAAUGGAAUGGGUCCAAACGGUGGUCCCGUCAUGGGACCCAUGGGUCCCGGCGGCAUGACAGCCGGCGGCAUGGGUCCCGGUCCUGCUGGCUGCAUGAGCCAGCAGCGCUUCAUGCCCCAGGCAUCCGGCGGUGGCGGCGGUAUGCCCGGAGUGGGCUACGGCGGUGCCGGCGGACCCGGCUCGCAUCAGGGUCAGUUUUAUCCCGGCAGUGGAGGUCAAGGCGGCGGCAUGCAGCAGGCAGGUGGCAUGUGCCCGGCGGGUCCGGGCGGCGUGGCCACCACCGGCAAUCCCUACCAGAAUCAAGGUUUCCAGCAAAACUAUCAGCACAGUCCAGUUCCUGGCAAUCCCACGCCACCGCUGACACCCGCCUGCAGUGUGCCCUAUGUCAGCCCCAAUCCGGACAUUAAGCCACCCAUGGACAACAGCGAAGAAAUGAGACUGACAUUCCCGGUGCGCGACGGCAUCAUCCUGGCUCCUUUCCGCCUGCUGCACAAUCUCUCGGUCAGCAAUCACGUGUUCCAUCUCAAGCAGAAUGUCUACAACACGCUCAUGUGCCGAACCGAUUUGGAGCUGCAGUUAAAGUGCUUCCACCAGGAUGACCGGCAGAUGAACACCAACUGGCCGCACACGGUCACCGUCUCCGCGAAUGCCACGCCCCUGAAUAUCGAGCGGUCCGAGAAGAACAGCACCGCCCUGCGUCCCCUCUACUUGAAGGCCGUUUGCCAGCCGGGCAGGAAUACGCUUCAGUUGACCGCCAGUUCCUGCUGUUGUUCACACCUGUUCGUGCUGCAGCUAGUCCAUCGACCAUCGGUGCGCCAGGUGCUCCAGACGCUGCACAAGCGCAACCUGUUGCCUCUGGAGCACAGCGUGCAGAAGAUCAAGCGCAACCUGAGCUUGCCCAGCGAGGGCCAGACACCUGGAUCGGAUGCGGCAAGCCAGCAGAAUGGUGGGCAGCAGUGCGCCAAGAUCUCAUUGAAGUGCCCCAUCACCAAGUCUCGAAUACGACUCCCGGCCAGGGGACAUGAGUGCAAGCACGUUCAGUGCUUCGACCUGGAGGCGUAUCUGAUGAUUAACAGCGAGCGCGGCUCUUGGCGGUGUCCCGAGUGCAGCAAGUCGGCCAUCACCGACACGCUGGAAAUCGAUCAGUACAUCUGGGCCAUACUCAAUACGCUGAGCAACUCGGACGUGGACGAGGUGAUCAUCGAUUCCUCGGCCAACUGGCGGGCGUUGCAGCAUAAUGGCGGCAUGCCCAAUGCCCCGCCCCCCUCGAAUGUUCCUAGCAGCAAUCCCAGCGGCAGCAAUCCGAAUCCCAAUGGAAGCGGCGGUGGCCCCAGCUCCGGCAUGCCGCCCAGCAUCAAGCAGGAACUGUGCGACGAUAUUGCCAAGUCGGAGGUCAUGUCGCCGGGCUCCACGCAGCUGCCCACUUGGGACAGCGCGCAGGCGAUGAGUCCCUACAACAUGCACGACAUGAACUCCAUUGCCAGCGGCAAUAUGAUGGGCAACGGUGGCAACAACAGCCAGCAUGGCAAUCGCAGCAGCUAUGAUGGCUUCAGUGGCAACCACAGCGACGGCAGCGGCGGCUUGGCCGGCAACGAUGGCGGCGUCAAUUCCCUAGAUCAGCUUAAUGCCAUGGAAAAGUCGCUCAGCGAUCAGAUGCCCCACACUCCGCACACUCCUGGUGCAGCCAGCCAUCCAAUGACACCUGGCGGACCGCCCAGUGUCAGCAGCUCCCACAAUGAACCCAUCAGUGGGGGCACGCCCAAUGCCAAUGGCAGCAGCAAUGGCACCAGCAAUAAUAAUAAUAACAAUAGCAGCAGCACAGGCCACAAUUCGCCACAGACACCGGGCACGCCCAAUCGCAUGGGCGGGGGCAUGUCGAGCGGAGGAGGAGCAGCAGAUAGCCAGCAGCAGCAGCAGGAGCAGCUGCUCAACUCGCUGAUGAGCAGCCAAACGCAGCUGAAGUUUAGUGAAAGUGAUCUGAGCGCCGAGCUUCAGAGUUUCGAUGCGGCGGCAGCGGGAAUAAAUGAUACGGCACACGAUCUGCUGCAGGAUGUGGAUCCCAUGGAAAUCCUAUCCUAUCUGGAUCCCCAGCCCGAUCUUAACACGCCACCCUCUAGUGGCAGCAGCAACAACAAUGCCAGCGACGACUUGCUGGCCACGUUAUUUGACUAAGCCCCCUACAAAAAAUUAUUAAAAAAUGGGCUUCGACAUGCUGACAGAGAGAGAGAGAGAGAUGAUGGAUAAUUGAAAAAUGGCAGAAAUACCAUAAAUUGUAUAUAGUAUUAUUAAUUUUAAUGAAAUGUGCACUAGAAGAAAGUUGCGUACUUCAACAAAAACAACAUUUUCGUUUCCUCACACAAAACCAACAGCAGCAGCAAAAACAACAACAAAAAUACACACAAAAAAAAGGAAGAAAACUAUUACAAUAACAACACAGAAGGAAGAUGAAAAAUCGAAGCGGAAAUUUAAAUUUGCCCGUGUUGAAAAACAAUGAAAUGUGAUUUAAAAAUUAAUUAAUUAAAUUAAUUGGCAUUUAAUUUAAAGCUAACUAAAAAAAACCC